GCUGAUGAAAACAAACGUCAAAACAAAAGUUGUGUGUUUGUGUUUUCCUUGUUGCAACUAAAUUGUUUAAAUCUUUUUACGAAUGUUUAAACGAUAGUACAAGUCUUUUGUAGUGAAAAUAUGUAGUGUUUGUUAACUUAAUUCUUUCGUGCAAAUCUUUGAACCAGCACAUUUUAAACCACACUCACUCCGACUUGUGUCAAAUGAUAACACAUGAACGCUGAUAACAAGCCGCAAUUGAACAUCGCUGCCACAAGCCACAAGUGCGUUGCAUCAAGAAGAUUUAAGACUUAUCUGCUUGAACGGAUCGUGGAUUCAUUUUUAUAUAGUUACUUUAGUGAAAGUUUAUAAGGUACAUUUCCGCGCAAAAAUGGAAUUAGACGGCAACGCAGUUCUGGCGAAGGCGCUACGCGAGCAGGGCAUCGAAUAUGUGUUUGGCAUCGUUGGAAUACCGGUUGUUGAACUGUCGAUGGCUAUGCAGGCCGAAGGGCUGAAAUAUGUUGGUAUGCGCAACGAACAAGCGGCUUGUUAUGCUGCACAAGCGAUUGGAUAUUUGACUGGCAAACCGGGUGUGUGUCUGGUCGUAUCGGGACCGGGUUUGCUGCAUGUGACCGGUGGGAUGGCGAACGCGCAAGUAAAUUGCUGGCCUUUAUUGGUUAUCGGUGGUUCAACAUCCCAGGACCACGAAGGUAUCGGAGGAUUUCAAGAGUGUCCUCAAGUGGAGUUGAGUAGACCAUACUGCAAAUAUGCAGCAAGGCCUCCGAGCGCGUCCUUAAUACCGAUGCACGUUGAGAAGGCCGUGCGCUUAGCGUGUUAUGGUAGGCCUGGGGCAGCGUAUCUGGACUUCCCGGGGAAUCUGUUGACUGCAAAGAUUGAGGAGGAUGCUAUACCAAAGCAGUAUGUGCAUCCGCUACCACCGGUACCAUUUCCCGAUCCGAAGCUCGUUGAAGAAGUAGCACAAUUACUUUCUACUGCAAAGCGUCCGUUAGUGAUUGUAGGAAAAGGGGCAGCUUAUGCCAGAUCGGAACUGCAAGUUCGUCAAUUGAUACAUCAAACCAAUCUUCCCUUUCUUCCCACUCCUAUGGGGAAAGGGGUCGUACCAGAUCUUGAUCCGCAGUGCAUAGCUCCUGCCCGUACUUUAGCAUUACAAAAUGCGGAUGUCGUACUGCUGUUAGGGGCUCGAUUGAAUUGGAUAUUGCAUUUUGGUCGCCCACCGCGCUACAGUUCGGAUGUAAAAAUUAUUCAGGUGGACGUCAAUGCGGAAGAAAUGCAUAAUAGCGUCCCCAGUAGGGUGGCAGUCCAGUCGCACAUUACACCCUUCACCGAGCAACUUGUAGAUGCACUAGCAAAGAAACAUUUCCGCUUCGGUUAUGAAAACGAAUGGUGGAAGGACCUAAGGGCAAAGUGUGAGAAAAAUCGUAAAACUGUCGAAGAGAUGGCGCUAAACGUCGAUACUCCCUUGAACUACUAUGCGGUAUUCCACCAUUUGCAGCAGUACAUUCCCAAAGAUGCAAUCAUAGUUAGUGAGGGAGCUAACACCAUGGACAUUGGCCGGACGCUUCUGCAUAAUAAACUUUCUCGUCAUCGUUUGGAUGCUGGAACUUUUGGAACGAUGGGAGUAGGGCCUGGAUUUGCAAUCGCUGCAGCUCUUUUCUGUAGAGAUCACUGUCCGGGUAAGAAGGUGAUUUGCGUGGAAGGAGAUUCUGCAUUCGGCUUUUCGGGAAUGGAAUUAGAAACGAUGGUACGCUACCAGCUGCCCAUAGUAAUAGUUAUAGUAAACAACGGAGGAAUAUAUGCCGGUUUUGAUAAGCAAACAUACGACGAUAUGCGUUCCGGUGGGGAUCUAACACAAGUUACUCCGGCAUCAGCAUUGACGCACGAAACACGCUACGAAAACAUGAUGAGCAUGUUUGGUAUGAAGGGAUAUUUUGUACGCAACAUUUCGGAACUUCAAGAUGCCGUCAAGGAAUCUCUUACGGCAACAGACCGGCCGAACAUUAUAAACGUUGCAAUCAGUCCGCAGGCGGACCGUAAGCCACAAGACUUCAAGUGGCUCACAGAAUCGAAGCUUUAAGUUGGUCACGAUUGGAAAUCAGAUACAUUUUAUUUACUGUUACUUUUAUAGGUGCUUGGUAAAACUAUCGUAUGGGUGCAAUAGAAAGGUAGGUUAAACAAUAUCGAUCACACUCGGAUCGAAAUGUGGAAACAUUAUACGAUGUAAUGGGAAAAUAAAGGGUAUUAGUCUUUAAA